AUGGAUGUCGAUGUCGAUGGGAUCGAUGUCGAUGAUGUCGAUGACGACGAUGCUGGCAUAUUCAGCAUCGCCAAUGACCGCCAAAGUGAGGACGAUGAUACCCUCACUGGUGAAGACAACGUUCUUUCAGCAGUGCACACGAAGCGCAGUGCUGUUGACAAGGAUGAAUCAGCAGAGGAAUUUCUGCCGACUCGCGAAGCGGUUGUCCGCUUCGUUUAA